AUGGGCAAAGAAACACCUAGCCUCCAGCUAGCCCUCUCCAGGCCCGGCCAGCCCACCACCCUCCGGGCGACAUUCCCCAGCGGCGCCACCGUCACCGAGAACGGCGUCUCGCUGACGCCCGCCCAGGCCAAGGAGCCGCCGACCUGGUCCGUCCCCGGCACCCUCGCCAAGCCGGGCCAGAAGUACAUGGUCCUGGCGACCGACCUGGACGCGCCGUUCCCGUCCCUGCCCCUGCUGGGCCCCAUCCUGCACGGCCUGCAGCUGGACCUCACCGCCAGCAGCAGCAAGGGGCCGGACGACGGCGGGUGGACCGCGCUCGAGACGUCGGCCAAGCCCGUGGUCCCGUACAUCGGGCCCGGCCCGCCGCCCAUGUCGAGCGCGCACCGGUACGUGUUCAUGCUGUUUGAGCAGCCCGAGGGGCUGGACGCGGGCAAGGUCCGCGGGCUCCUCGGGCUCAAGGAGGAGAUCCCCGUGACGUCGAGGAUGUUUUGGAAGCAGGAGCAGGCGGAGGCCAAGAUGGGGCUUGGGAAGGCGGUUGCUGGGUGCUAUUUCUUGUCCAAGGCGUGA